CCAUGUUGUGGGGCGGCAGGGUGCAAGUCGCCGCGCUCGGCCCGCGUCGGCAGCCAAGUCCGCUGGUGCAGGGGCGGGCGAGGAGGACCUCAAGCAGGAGGCGGCUACGGAUGAUGCGCCAGCCCUUUGCGUGGGCGGAGCGGUCCUAGCCGGCGCGCUCGGCCCGCACUAGCUUUGGCUGCACCCCAGGGCAAGGUAGUAGCUGAAGAGGAGCAGACUGCACUGAUCCCACGCGGCCGCCAUGCCAAGGCCAAGUCGACUGAGCCAAUCAAGCCGAAUGACGGCGAGGAGGGUGAAAAGGCGGGUACGGAGCUGGAGAAGGAGCAGGUAGACGUCCCAGCACUAGGCGUGGGUCGUCGCUGUGCGAGCCGGUAUGCUCGGUGCACGCUUGCUAUGGCUGCGCCGGCAGGCAAGGUAGCAGCGGAGGAGAAGCCGAGAGCCCCGAUCCCACGCGGCCACAGAGUCGAUGUCAAGUCCCCCGAGGUUAUCAGGCUGGACGACAGUGACGAGGAGGAAAAGGAGGAUGCAAAGCUGGAGGAGAAGAAUGAAGGCGCGCCAGCAAUUGGAGUGAGUUGGCAUGGUGCCAGCCGACGCACUCCCGCCCAUGUACAAGCUCCGGCUACGACCAGAAGGGCUUCACCUUCAACAAGUACAACUGAGAUAGGGGAUGUGGCUGGGGAGGCCCUGCCCAUCCGAGCCACUCGCCAGCGUAGGCCGACUAUGAAAGCAGCUGCCGCAGCAGAGGAGAAGGUGCCACGAAAGGCAACAAGAAGGGUGGUAAAGAAGACUGUUUCCCAGCAGGAGAAACAAGGAAAACCAGAAGAUGCCGUCUCUGAUGCAGAGGCUGUGCCUGCACCAGUUUCUGAAGUAGGAUGUGGUAAUCCUGAAGACUCGGAAGAGGCUUCUGGUCCUCAGAAUAGAGAGCACAAGCAAGAAGACAAAGUGGUGAUCAUUGAGGAUGAGAAACUGAUGGAAGAGACCCCGGCACAAUAGCAAAUGGAAUGCAUGGAUUAUUCAACACUACAAGAACAGCAAAUGGAUGUUGAGAAGUUUCCUACUCCCUUGGCCAGCCAUGAAAGUGAAAUGGGGAAUUUCAAUGAGGUACCACAUGACACAGAGGAAACCAAUGAGGUUAAUACAGAAGUUGAUCUUGUCGGUCAGCAGAAGGAAGAUAUCAGUAUUGAGUUGCAGGCUGACUUGGCAGGUGUGUCUGUUGUUGAUUGCUCAGGGAAUAUUGAUCUGUUUGCUGAAGAGGAGACCAACGAGGUCAAUACUGAGGAUGGUCUUUCUUGUCUGGACAAGGAAGAUGUGGCUGUUGAUGCGACGUUGCCUGACACGGUGGCUGGUGUCAUUACUUCUGUUUGCUCAAGCAAUACCAGGUGCGAUGAAGUGGAGAAAUCAGGAGAUAUAACUAGUGACAUGCAUGAGAGCCUAGUUGCAUUGGAUGAGGAUGGUGAGGAAACAAACUUCUAUGCUGAUAAAUUGAGUGAAGUGGUCAUUGGUGACGAUGUGUCCCAAGUCACGGUGACAGACAACAAUGUUGUUCAGGAGGAAACAAUGCCACAUAGCACAGCUGCAAUGCAUGAUGAUGUCGAGGGGGAUCAGUUCCAAACUGUUUUUGUUCAUGCUGAUCAAGUAGUGGCUGCUGGCAGUCUGCUGGAAGUGAAAAUGACAGAUUGUGAAGCUGAGGAGGAGAAGACAGCACUGAUCAUUGAUGAGCAGCAACAGAUCACAGUUACAAUGGAUGAAGAUGCUGUUGAUAUUCAUUUCAAAACUGAUGUUGUCCAAGCCGAUGAGCAAAAGGAAGAGGUAACUAUUGAUGACGUGCCAGAAUUCACAUGGAAAGAUGUUGAAGUUGUCGAGGAUGAUAAGACAGUUGUGAUCACUAAGGAGGUGCCACAGAUCAUAGAUGCAAUGGAUGAGAAUGUCGAGGGAGAUCAAUUCCAAAAUGGUUUUGUUCAUGCUGAUCAAAUAGUCACUUCUAACAACAUACCGGAUCUAAAAGUAACAGAUUGUGAAGUUGUUGAGCAGGAGAAGACAACACUGAUCAUUGAUAAGAAGCAACAAAGCACAGUUAUAAUGGAUGAUGAUCUUGUUGGUAAUCAUUGCGAAACUGAUGCUGUCCAUGCUAAUGAACUGAAGGAAGUUGCAGCUACUGAAGAAGUGCCACAACUCACAGGCACAACAGAUUACGUUUCUGAUGAGAACAAGGUAGUUGUGAUCACUGAGGAGGUGACACACUGCACUGGUACAAUGGAUGAGUGUAUUCAGGAAAAUCAUUUUGAAAUUUGUUUCCUUCAAGAUGAUGAAUUGGAUAAUGCAGUUGUUAAUGACAACGUGUCAGAAGUCACGGGGAUAGAUGGAGCUGCCAAGAAUACCUUCACCUGUGAUAUUCCACAAGAGCUAAACAUUGCAGAAGGAUAUAAUGAUCACAUGACCCAAACAUUGCUUGACAAUGUCACUGAGUCCACGUGCAACAACAUUAUCACUGUGGAGCCAACAGUGUUUGUAUCCGAGGGUACAUCAGUGUGCAACACCAGCAGUGAGAAGAACACUACUGAACCGGUGGCAGUGCAAGAAGAGAAGGGAUUGAAGGAGGUCAAGAAAUCUAUGGAUUUGAAUAACCUUAGCCUAGGCCAGCUUAGAGCCAAGCUCAAGAAGAAGCUCAACGCCAAGAAGAACAAAGAAGCAAAGAGGGUGGCCCUCGCCAGGGUGGAUGAGAAUGUGUGUCGAUCCCACUCAAAGGUGCAGCAGCAAAAGUUGAAUCUGAAACAGCAUUAACCUGGAGAAGAAGCUCUAAUAUAUUCCGUCUGCAUGCCAUAUAGUAUGAGUAUGAGGUUGUGGUGAAACUGUGGUUUCUCCGACCUUAGCAUCUAACUUUUAUGUGUCCAUGUUCUUUCAUGUGUUUGCGUGUUUGCUUGAAGAGAGGCAUGAGACGAUUCGGCUGUAUUUUGUCCAAGUCAGAUCGUUGGCUAGUACCCAGCCUUGAAGUGUGAGUGGUUUGCUGGUGUUGGUUGCCUGUCUUAUUUUGAUCUUCUAUUACUGAUUGGGAAAACUUGCUAAUAUAUAGUAUUUUAU